CGCACUCUUGGCUCCCCCGGACGCAGACAACGGAAACGAACAAGGAGCACGCCCCAAUGCGCAAGACUGCCGCCCAACGUUGAGCGGGCGCAGCCAUGGCGGGAAACACGAACCGCUACUCGACCUACACGGCCGCGUCGACCAACACCGGCGCCGGCUCCGACUCCAAGAAUGGCGACGCGGCGGAGAAGAAGGAGCUAUGGAACUCGAUGCUGUCCUCGGUAGCCAGCGGGAGGCGGCUGCCAGAGAAGAACAUCAUCCUGCUCGGCGGCUCCGUGGACUCGCAGCGCGAGUUCUUCGAGUCGCUCGCCAACAACGAGCUGCGCCGCUCCCUCGACCGGAACGCAUCGCGCACUCCGCCCGUCGCGAACAGCUUCGCCCUGGGCUACGCCUACUACGACGUCCUCGACGCCGACCAGGAAGACACGCUGGCGCGCAUCUCCCUCUACACCCUCACCAGCCCGUCGCCCGCCUUCGCCUCUCUCUUGCAGCCGCUCCUGACCCCCCAAUCGAUCCCCAACACGCUCAUAGUCGUGCUGCUGGACUGGUCGGAGCCGUGGAAGUGGUUGCGCCAACUGCGGGAGUGGAUCCUGCUGCUCAGGACAGUGCUGGUGUCCCUCAGCGACGAGUGCAAGGAGACCAUGGAAGAGGUCAUGCUGUCGUGGCGAGACCGCGGGCGAGGUGGAAGCGUGAAUUUGGACGGCUCCGCGGCCGUGCCCACGGCAGACGGGGAAAACGCCGUGCCCGUCGGGCCGGGGGAGUGGGAAGAUGCGCUGGGUUUGCCCUUGGCCGUCGUUUGCCAGAAUGCGGAGAAGAUGGAAUACCUGGAAAAGACGCAAGGCUGGAAGGAGGAGGAAUUCGACGUUGUUCUGCAAUUUAUGCGAACGGUGCUGCUGAAACACGGUGCCUCGAUGAUCUACACGACUCCUUCUGUUCCCUCACAGCUUCCAACCCUGAUCCAUUCCAGCCUUGGCAUACACUCCCUCCUGAAGAAGCAACCUCUCAAGCAUAAUGUCAUCGACAGGGACAAGAUCGUUGUCCCGCCGAACUGGGACUCGUGGGGUAAGAUCCGAGUGCUCAGGGAUGGCUUCGGCGUCGACCAAGUGAGCAACGGCUGGUCAAUAGACCUCGACCAACCAUUCCCGCGUCCCCAUACGAACGGCGCCGCCGCGGAAAGCGAGCACGCUGACGGGCACGACGAUCGUGCGGCGCCCGACCCCGAGGGCUCAGCCGUCACUCUGUACGAGAACGCGGUGCAAGACCCCACGAUGGACGCUCUCCAACUAGCCGGGCGGAACACCCACUCGACGGAGCUGGAGGUGGAGACGAUAGACACGCAGACCUUCCUUGCACAGCAGCUGAAGGUGCUCGAGGCGUUCAAGCAGAAGAGCGACGAGGCAUCCCGCGAGAGUGCCCGUCACAAGGCGAGCAAGAAGGUGGACGACGACCAUAUGAUGGUCGGCAGCGAGACGGAGGCGAAGGUCCUGGAGCACAUUGGUCCAGUGCAGUUCAACAUGGGCGGUAUUCAAGUAGACGCCGACGACAUGGUGCAGCGGCUCAAGGAGCGCCAAGCGUGCGGCUCGGGAGACGAACUGGGCAGCCCAACAGCCGAGGACAUCAUGGAUUCGACGCCGCACAUGGACACGGAGAACCUGCAGGCCUUUUUCCACGGCUUGAUGAACAGGCGAGGAGCGACGACCAAAUAAUCCCCACGCAAGCCGUCACCCAUCAUCAUCUUACCCGCCGAUUUAAUUCUCCAGUCCAC